AUGAUCCUAGCUAGCAUGCCACGGAAAAUGAAAGGUCAAUCGUGGUCCAUGUUCCCAUCCCUCCACGGCAAUGUUAAAAAACUUCUGAAGGGCAGCGGCCUUGGUUUUUCUUUCCAGAACGCCGACCAAAGAAAUUGCGCUCAGGAAUAUGAUACCAAUAUCAAGGGUCGUUUCUCAUGUCUCAACUCGAAAUGCGCCGCCAAGGGAUGGUCCAGCAACCUCAUCCCUAUUACUAUCCGAAUGUACCACGGACAAAAGUACAAUGCUAGGGUCUACCAUCAACGGUGCAAGCAUUGCAACUGGCUCGCAAAGCCACAUUUAGAUGGGUCGUAUGCGGAAAGGAUUGCCUACCGGUUGAAGAAAUGGUCGGGGAUUCAGGUUAAACAGCCACCUUAUGGAGGGGGUGUUGAUGGGCGGCCGCACAUCACGGAGCUCUGUGAGGGAUGUAAAGCCGGGCACUGCAAAUGGACAUAA